AUGUUGUUCCGUACCACUAUUCUAUGCUUUACCGGUGCCAUAGUCCCAAGCUAUGGAUUCACUAUACCCACCGGCAGUGCUCCCUCGAAAUGGGUCCAUCCAGAAGCAAUGAUCAGUCAAUCCCAGUUGGACUUCAUCUGUGACAAAGUAAAUAACAACGAACAGCCCUGGAAGAACGCCUACACUGCGAUGCUCAGUGACAUUGCCAUCGCCAAGGAUCUAUACCCGCCUGCGAUUAUCCAAUGCGGCCCUUACUCCGACCCCGAUGUUGGAUGUGAUGCAGAACGUGAAGAUUUAAUCUCCGCAUAUGGAAAUGCACUUGCAUGGGCUAUCAGUGGGACCCAGUCAUAUGCCCAGCAAGCCAUCAAAAUCAUGGAUACGUACUCGGCCACCGUCAAGGGUCAUAAUAACAGCAACGCGCCGCUACAGUCCGGCUGGGCCAGAAAUGGGGAGCUCAUUCGCUAUACAGAUGCCGGAUGGACUGAGACUGGCAUUGGUCAAUUCGAGUCCAUGUUGCGCGACGUAUACAUGCCUUUGACUGUCGACGGCACAGACCACAAUGUGGCUAACUGGGAGCUGGUCAUGACCGAGGCCGCGAUCAUUAUGGCAGUGUUCCUUGAAGAUGCUACAUCCUACAACGCCGCUAUGGGAUGGCACCUGAAGAGGGUCCCCGCUACAGUGUAUAUGAAUAACGAUGGGGAAUACCCAGUCGCCGCCCGUGGCCAAAGCUCAUCGCCAGAUGGUAUCAUCGCGUGGUGGUUUGAUGAAGACACGUUCCAGGAGGACGGUCAGGCACAAGAAACAUGUCGGGAUCUCGAGCACACUGGGUAUUCUUUCGCAUCUAUGGCCCAUGUGGCUGAGGCCGCUAGAAUCCAGGGAACAGAUCUCUAUAAGACUGACUUGGGAACAAGACUGCAGAAAGGACUGGGGUUCCACUCUAAUCUCGCCAACGGAGCAGCUGUGCCGUCGUGGCUGUGUGGUGGAAAGCUGAGUCUCACAUUGGGUCCUAUUACGGAAGUUGGUUAUAAUGCCCUUUCAUUCAGGAACGGCGUUGAUAUGCCUCACACUGAAAAAUUGACGAUUAACCAGCGGCCUGCGAAAAAUAAUGGGUUGUUUGUAGCCUAUGAAACCUUGACACACGCGGAGAACAACGCUUGA